AUGAUUCAGCUGACAGCUACCCGUGCAAGCACACUUAUUCAUGAGCCAGUGCAUAUCCAAGCUACAGGUCUGCCUCCCUUUCAGAUAGUGAUUCUUCAGGCAUCACUGAAAGAUGAAAAGGGGAACCUGUUUCAUUCUCAAGCUUACUAUAAGGCCAAUGAAGUUGGUGAGGUAGACCUGGAGCAUGCCCCCUCACUGGGAGGUGUCUACAUAGGAGUCCACCCUAUGGGUCUCUUCUGGUCCCUGAAACGAAAAUUUUUAACGAAAUUGUUGAAAAGAGAUGUGAUGAAUAGCCCCUUCCUGGUCCAAAUAAAACUUUAUGAUUCAAAUUUACUAUUAACUGACAUCGCCACCACCACUCCAAAAGUCAGCCUGACUUUGGAGAGGUGGUACAUAGCACCUGGUAUCAAACAGAUCCAAGUUCAAGAAGGCCACCUUUGGGGAUCCCUCCUGGUGAGUCCAGGAGAGGGCCGUUUCCCAGGGGUAAUUGACUUGUUUGGUGGUAUUGGUGGACUGAUUGAAUUCCAGGCCAGUCUCCUGGCCAGUCAUGGCUUUGUUGCCUUGGCCUUGGCUUACUUUAACUCUGAAGAAUUGCCUUCCCAACCAGAAAAGACAGAAUUAGAAUAUUUUGAGGAAGCUGUCAACUUUCUCCUGAGACAUCCUAAGGUCCUCCGCCCAGGCAUUGGGAUAGUUUCCAUAAGCAAAGGUGCAGAGAUUGGACUCUCCAUGGCUAUUCGCCUAAAACCAGUCAAAGCCACCGUGCUUAUUAACGGGCCCAACUUCGUAUUUAGCAUUCCACAGGUAUAUUGUGGUCAGAUAAGUCGGCCCUUGCCCUUCUCUCUACAAUUGCUAUCCAUCGACACCUUAGGGUUAGCAGAGUUCCAGCACAGCUUUGAGGAAACUAGAAGUGAAGCCAGUGAGACUUCUCUUCCCAUUGAAAAGGCCCAGGGACAUUUCCUUUUCAUUGUGGGAGAAGAUGAUAAGAAUAUCAACAGCAAAGCAUAUGCUAAGCAAGCCACAGAACAGCUGAGAAGAUAAGGGAAGAACAACUCAACCCUGCUAUCUUACCCUGGGGCAGGCCACCUCCUAGAGCCUCCCUAUUCCCCACUAUGCUGUGCCUCAAAGAUCUCCAAUCUCCACCUAUUCAUGCACUGGGGUGGAAGGGUGACCCCACACGCCGCUGCCCAGGAGCAUUCUUGGAAGGAGAUACAGAAGUUUCUCAGGAAGCACCUUGUUCCAGUUGUGACCAGUCAACUCUGA